AUGCCACUGCAGGAGUCGCCUGCCGCAUCGGCGCAAUCGUCUGAGACAGCACUCGACGGCAUGGUCUUAGUGGCAGAAUUGAAUGCAGGGGAUGCGCUGCAGCUUCAAAAGGCCCUGGAUGUGCAAAGGCGACUGGAAGAGGAGCUGCUGGCGGCGCACGGAAGGAUCCAAAACUUGGAGGUUCAGCAGACCAAGCUUAGUGGCGAGCAAGCGAUGAUGCAGAAUCUUCAAUCUGAAAACACUGAGCUGCAGAGACGUUUGGAGGUCUUCUACAAAGCGAUGGAGUUUGAGGCCGACGAGCGAGAUGCCCAUCCAACAGAGCAACAGGAUUUGACGCCCAAGGGCGUUGUACCACCGUCACCGGAAAUUGAAGCAGUGGCAUCCAUUCGGCAGAAGAUUGUGGAGGGCUGA